AUGCUCGUGUCCACGCAAAUGUUCUUGUUCACCGCACUGUUCCUCGGAGUUUUUGGUAUCAACAGGGAACCACAGGGUCCGAUCCAAGAAGCCAUUCAGAAUGGUGUCGCGGCGCGAUACAACAAGGAAAAUUGCAUCUGGAAACGAGGGAAUGACAAAGACUCGUGCCCCGAUCCGGACGUUCGAAUCUAUCUUUACACGAAUGAUAGACCGAAGCGAGAACUCGACUCGAGGGAGUCCGAUUGGCUGCGUCAGGAUUAUGAUCCAACGAAAGAAAAUGUUCUUCUUAUACACGGAUAUGCAGGUGGUGACGAUACCCUCCCUAUAUCCGUUCUUCGCGACGCCUACAUCCGAAACGGCAGCUACAACGUAUUCCUGGUAGAUUGGGGUGCCCUUUGCGCCUCACCCUGUUACCCGGCAGCCGUAUCCAACCUUCGUCCAGUUGCUCGUUGCCUAGCAGCCAGCCUGACCACCUUACGAAACCUGGGUCUACCCAUCUCGAGGACAACCUGCGUGGGUCAUUCGUUAGGCGCCCAUAUCUGCGGGAUUAUGGCGAACUUUCUACUGUUCAGGAUGCACAGAAUAAUCGGUUUAGACCCGGCCAGACCCCUCGUACGUCCCGGAUACGUAAAUCGGUUGGACAGCGGUGACGCGGACUUCGUCCAAGUGAUCCACACGAACGCCGGAUAUUACGGGGAGGGUGGGCGCAUGGGGCACGUGGAUUUUUGCGUGAACGGUGGAAAAGUGCAACCAUUCUGCGAGAACAAGCCGAAUUAUCAACUGUGCAGUCACGUCUGGGUCGUUUGUUACAUGGCAGAAAGCAUCGACAAUGGGGGCCAGGAUUCGAUGGCCGAGCCGUGCACGAGGAGGUGUCCUUCCGGGCCGAGGAUCGCUCUCAGAGCCGGUGAAUAUGUGACCAUGGGGCAGCAUACACCGGUCGGAACCAGGGGCUCUUUUUGCUUCACCAGCAAGUAUCCACCUUACUGUCCUAAGUAUAGGAACGGGCGUGGUGACGAGAGAUGUUGCAUACCGGAGGACAAACCUGUCACGUUCUAG